AUAUAUAUAUAUAUAUAUAUAUAUAUAUAUAUAGAUUUGUCGUGCGAAUAUCUCCACUUGUUGGAUUUUUGGAUUACCUUGGAGGAAUAUUAGACGAGUUUGUUUUUCUGCAGAUUAUUUUGCUUUUUUUUUUGUUUUGUUUGAUUUUAUUUUUUAUCGUUUGGUUUUUUUUAUUACCAUUAACACGUGACAGCAACAAGGAAACAACUAAAAGUUCUAGUGCCGUGACGCUUCAUGUGCGCGAGUGUUUAAAAGAGUUAAAGUUGUCUUCAUUUGAAAAAAAAAGAUUAGUAUAUUCUGGUGUGGGAACGUGUUAAUUCAUGAGCCGAAAAUGAGCGGACACGUGGUGGAAACAACGUCAGAACUCUCCGAUUUUAUGAAAGCUGGAGUAAUGGCGGAAUCGGAGAGAGACGGAUCCUGCAGCGGUGGGGACGAGGACGACAUGUCCGGUCUACACUCGCUAAGUGCAUCCGAGGACAGCGUGGAGGUACAAGUGACACCGAUUUCUUUGAGAAACAAGAGGAAACUCGCCGAGCCGAGAAAGAUUCAGGAACCGAGUACGGCACCGUUAAAGAAGAGAAGGUUCGAACAGAUCGAAGAGACGGUUGUUGCUGACGAGGAAUCGAGACCGGCUAGAUCACCGAGCCCUUUCAGGCCCUGGAAUAGCCCAACUAGCAAAAGCAAUGACACAAAGACUAGCACGACGAAAGCAACUUCUUCGAGUACUAGUACGUCGAACAGCACCAAUGCUGUCACUACGAUCGUAUCUUCCACGUCGACGAGUAGUAGUGCUCGAGGAGUAGAAAAAGAAGAGGAGGAAGAAAUACGAAAAAUAAGAGAAGGUAAAAUCAAAGAAGAAGCGUUAUUGAUGAGGUUACGAGAGGUAUCUAACCGCAGCCCGGAUUCAACGAUUCAGACUCGCGGUAACGCGAUUCCGAGACGAGAAACGCGUCAGAGGUUCGAACAAUUGACACCUACGAGUUCUUCUACAAUUCCUCCGACAUCCGGGAUCGUUCUUUCUAAUCGUCCGAAACUCCAGGAGGAACCACUAGCGCUCGUUUUAAGAGGAGAAAUUCCAAGAGUGCCAUCGCAUCCAGCUGUCAGCGGAACAUACGAAAGAGCACCGUCUACUUAUCCAUUAGAUCAUCAUCAACAGCCGCAUCAUUCUCAUCAUCAUCCCCAUCAUCAUCAUCAUCACCAUCACCAUCCUCAUCAAAAUCAUCCUAUUCCUCAGCAUCGGCAACAAAAUCAUCAAGCACCGGCUACUCAACAGACCAAUCAUUCGAGGCAUCUCCAAAGUACAGCCACUAGUGGAGGAACUGGUCAACAACGAAAUUACAAAAAUAUGACACGUGAAAGAAGAAUCGAAGCCAACGCCAGAGAAAGAACGCGGGUUCAUACGAUAAGCGCUGCUUUCGACACCCUAAGACGAACCAUACCCGCUUACUCGCAUAAUCAAAAACUGUCUAAGCUCUCUGUCCUUAGGAUUGCAUGCAGUUAUAUUAUGACUUUAAGUAAACUCAAGGAUAUUCCUGACGGUCAACCGGUAAUCGGUCCAUCUUUUGCUGCUUGCGUCGAUCUCGUCUCCAGGACGAUUCAAACUGAAGGAAAAUUAAGAAAAAGGAAAGAAGAUUAAACAAUCACUUUAUUGAUUUUUAGACCUGGCGUCUAAAUAAAACUAUUCCAAUACAUGCAUACGUGAAAAAUUAUAAGAGUGUGCCCGGAGCCCUCGUUUCAAAGCAUCUCAAUCAAAUGAUUAAUUCUAAUUCAUUGCUUUUACAUUUUCCCUUGACAAAUUUUUCUAUUGUAUAUUAUUACUAAAUGAAAGACUCUAUAUAUAAAUAUAUUUAUCCGAUUUCAAUAAAAUCAUCGUUUAUUCGUUAAACGAAUUUUUCAACUUACGAAAAUUGAUCUUGCAACACAGAUUUAAAACUAGUUUUUAAUUCAGCCUAAUAUUGAAAGAUCUAUGACGAAUGAUCGAAUAAUUUGAAGACGCAUUUACACUUAUUAAAAGUACGCAACGAGACAAUACAAAAAAAAAACUGUAAAUUGUUAGUGCUCAAUAUUUAAACGCUCGUACUUCUCUUGGCUUUCCUUUUGAAAAAUCUCGCAAUUUUCGAAGAAUUUCAUUCGUAUUUAGCUUCCAUUCAGCAAGCUUGAAAUAAAUACUACCGUAUAACUUAAAAAGAACGAGUAUGUGUUACAUGUGUAAGCAUGUAGAUUAAAAAUUGAUCGAUGAGUUUUUUGUAUGUAAAAUUAAUCUCGCACCUAAGAUGUAAA